CAUAGAAAGUUGGAGACUUGCAGUUUAGAGCUACAAUGGCAGAAGUGAAAGUGUUUGGCUCAUGGGGAAGUCCUUUUAGUCGCAGAGUAGAGUUAGCUCUAAAAUUGAAGGGUGUGUCUUAUGAAUACAUUGAAGAAGAUCUCUCCAACAAGAGUCCAUUGCUUCUCAAAUAUAACCCAAUUCAUAAGAAGAUCCCUGUGCUCUUACACAACGAAAAACCUAUUGUCGAAUCCAUCGUCAUACUUGAAUACAUCGAUGAAACAUGGAAAGGUUCUAGCAUAAUGCCUGAAGAUCCUUACCAGAGAGCCAUCGCCCGUUUCUGGAUUAAGUUCAUAGAUGAGAAGUUCUUUACUGCAAUAUGGAAGGCAAGCUGGAAUGAAGGGAAAGAACAAGAGAAAGGCAUGGAAGAGACAUGGGAGCUUCUUACAAUACUUGAAAAUGAGCUAAAGGGGAAGAAGUUCUUCGGAGGAGACAAUAUUGGGCUAGUAGACAUUGCAGCUAGCUUCAUAGCCUUUUGGGUUGAAGUGCUUCAAGAAGUGGUAGAAAUUAAACUGUCAGAUGAGGAUAAAUUCCCUACCUUACACAAAUGGAGUGAAGAAUUCCUCAGUUGUGAAGUUGUCAAGGAAUGUCUGCCCCCAAAAGAUAAACUGUUUGCUUUCUUCCAAGCUCGCAAGAAAGCCAUAACUACAUCAAAAUCCAUGGUUUAUAAAUGAGUUUCUGUGUAGAUCUCUGUUCUGGUGAAAAUGUUGCCAACACUGCAUAAACCUUAAUCAUUAUGAUAAUUAGUUGUAUUACUCUUUAAUCUUUGGGUUUGUUUCUUAUGUUUACAUGUUCAAGAGCUUGUUAUCCUUGUUGUUAAUCUUUUAAUUGCUUUCAAAUCUAGUAGUAAAGAGUUUGAAUUUUCUGUUA